AUACAAUAUAUCACAACAGAUCGUCAAAAUAAGAACGCCUGCUCGAAAGACAAUGCGAAUCUCUGCUCAAGACUAUUUAUUAAGGAAGUGCCUCAAAUAAAUAUGUGUGUCAACAAGUAAAACAAGUCGUCGCCACCCAUUAUUGCUAAGAACUCAACAUAACUAUAAUCAUCACAUUAUUCACGCUACUGUUUGAUAUAUUCAUUUUCAUUUUUUCUGUAUAUGUUUUUACAAGCAGAAACUCAAGAUGCUUUCACGGGAAUCUACAUUUUUGUAGGCGGGCUCGUCUACCAUCGGACGCGACAAAGCGAAGAAUUACGUAGGCGAGAAAAUUAAAAGAGAAACUAAAAUCACAAAAGGAUGAACGGAACGAGAAGUUGUGGUACUCAAUGUCAGAGCAGCAGUAGGAAUACAGGAGUUCAGACAAAACGUCUUUCUACAGAAGAGAUGCGUUAUUACACAAAGAUUGUAGAAAAAGAAAAAGAUAUAUUGUUGAAGUACAUCCAAACAACAAAAACCUUUCUACCGAAACUAUCUUUCAAAGUAAACUUUGAACAGGUGCACAAAACAUCAGGAUCGGAUAACAUGGAUACGAACAGCAAUCGUGAAUUUGAAGAUGCGGUGAAAACAAAAGCCUUAAAUUGCCAGACAAAAUAUAAAGAAAAUGGCUAUCCUAUUUCGUCAACCAGGUUAAAUGAUAUGAGGCGAAGCAUCAAAAUAAGAUCAUCUCCUGCCAUAGAUGAUCAUGAAUAUGACUACAACGAAGACUUACUAUCACAUGAUCGAGCGAAAUCACGGAAAACAAAGCAACCAAGACGAUACACGAGAUGCUUGCAGGAUGGCAAAGAAGGUUAUAAACAUUUGAACGCUGAGAGUUACCUUGAUGAGCAGAGCAUUAAUAAAACGACUAACGACCAAGAGAAUGUUCCAGAAAACUUUGAACACUCAACACCAGAUCUUUCUCCGUCAACCACGUUGGCGUCACAACUUCCAUUCAGUCUUUCAUCGCAAAGGAAUUCUUCAGAAAGUGCAAGCAGUCCGUUUGAGGAGGACGACACAUGUUCUGAGGAAUCUUAUUUCAGCUCUACAUCGGAAGAUUUCGACGAUAAUGUUUCAAAGUGUUCUGAAGAAUUCUUCAUCGUGCAAUCGAAGCAAGAUGUUGUAAAUGGUAAAAAAGGGCUGACGGCCACUGAAGAAUGGCCUAAAGCAAUGGAUUCAUCAGAUAAUGAAGACAGUGAGGAGAGUAAUAUAAAAAAACUCGAGGAAACGAGUAAAGGUGAAAUAUUGUCCAAAUCCGAGAUUAAACACAAUUACAUUGAAAACCAACUCAACAUACUGAAUAAUGAAGAUGGCACAUCCAUAGCAGAAAUAAAAACGUCAACAGUUCAAUUUCCCAACAGAAAUGUUCAUGAUUUAGAAGUACCAAUUUAUCAAAUUCAUUCCUCAAAUGACAUGCAUAUCCCUCACCAAGUCACCAGCGUUCAGGGACAUCCCUCAAAUGACAGACAUAUCCCUCACCAAGCCACCAGCGUUCAGGGACAUCCCUCAAAUGACAGACAUAUCCCUCACCAAACAACCAGCGUUCACAUACAUACCUCAAAUGACAAGCAUAUCCCUCACCAAGUCACCAGCGUCCAGAGACACCCCUCAAAUGACAGGCAUAUCCCUCACCAAGUCACCAGCGUCCAGAGGCACCCCUCAAAUGACAGAUAUGUCCCUCACCAAGCCACCAGCGUCCAGAGACACCUCUCAAAUGACAGAUAUGUCCCUCACCAAGCCACCAGCGUUCAGAGACAUCCCUCAAAUGACAGUCAUAUCCCUCACCUAGCCACCAGCGUUCAGAGACACCCUUCAUAUGACAGACAUAUCCCACGCCAAGCAACCAGCGUCCAGAGACAUCCCUCAAAUGACAGACAUAUCCCAGACCAUGCCACCAACUUACGUGUUCCCUCCAACAACGCAAGUUUUUUUCGUUGCAUACCAUCGGCAAAGUCGUCAAAUGUAUCCUCAGAUUUUCCUGCUGUUUCACCACAUCUAUCCAGACUUUUGUUGGGAGAAACUCAAGACUAUAAGAUACCAGUAACACAACAAUCCACGUAUGAACACAUUUACCCCCAACGAAUAAGCCAUAGAAGUAUUGAAACAACGGGCAUGAGUGUAACAAAAGAAAAACCUAUGCAUUCAAGUUCACAGAUCAUAUCAACUUCAACAAGGUCAUACUACAACAAUUCUAUGGUUACAAAUGGUAUUUCCUUACAGAAUAAUCACCAUGUCGACGUGCAACGUAAAAAUACACCCACUGUCACUAAUACUGAUGAGAACAAUGAAAUAAACGAUCCGAGGAGGCAAGCAUUAGAUAAUGAUAGUGAAAUGUCCAACCAAAAACGCAAACGUUUCAUCUACGGAGAAGAUGAACCACAAAAAAAGAAAGUAAUUUCAUCGUUACUUACGCCACUCUGUGAAAGGGAAGCAACAAGAUUGGCAGACGGAAUACAUGAGAUCAAUAUGCAGUACUUUCCUUUACGUUCAUUGGCUCAGAAAGCAGCCAAUCGUGUGUCAGAGGAUGCCGGACACUUUUAUCAAUUCAUUGAUCAAAAGAUUCAACUGAAGACGAAACUGGAAGAUGUCGAAAAAGCCAGGAAACUUCUUAAAGAUAUCUAUGAUAUGGUGUUAAAGUCCAAAGAAAUCGAGGAUAUUCGAAAUUUCGAACUGGUUUCUCAUAAUUUUGGUGUGAGAAAUAUUUUGAAUCAUCUUAGUCUUGUUGAUCUUUAUUUUGAUGAGCUUGGUAGUGAGAUAAAUUCUAAAAUAUAGCGAUAUUUGUACUCUUUUUGUAAAGUCGUCACGCAUAAAUACGCUUAUCACUUUAUACUUGCUAGAUCACGAUCUACAAAGAUCGAAUUAUUGUUGUUUAAUGGCUCUCGACUUCCGUUGAUAAUAAAAUGAUGAGCACUCUGUUGCAAUACAAUUCUAACGUAGUGUAUGAUUAUUAUGUUCGAUGUUGAAUUCACCUGGACUUGACACGAGUCAACAAAUGUAAACAUAAUCUAAUGUCAAUGAGCUAACAUAAACGUGGAAAAUAGAAAUGUUCAAGUUGUGAUUGGGAACGCAACUUCACUAUUGUGUUUGCAAUAAACACCUUCAAACCCGUUCA